AUGUCAACGUUUACUGAGAGAAAGGAACAAGUGGCAACGUGGAAUGGGGAUCCGACAACAUGGUUGGACUAUGUGAAAAGAGUCAGGUUGCAAUUUGAGAGAACGGAGAGGAAGAAGCGACACUUGUUGGGUGCAGAAUUGGCUUCAAGACUGACUGGGAAAGCGUGGGACAUAGUUAGUGCAGAGAUCAACCAUGCAGACCUUCAACGUAGAGAUGGACCAGCAUACUUGUUGAGGUUUCUGGAAGAAAGGCUCUGCAAAGCCCCAGUUCCUGAUACGGGACAACGCUUGGAGGAUCUUUUUGUCAGAUUGAAACGUUCACCUGGCAUGUCAAUGGCAGAAUGGGCAACAGCCUUGCGAGAAAGCUAUCGCCGCUUGCAACGAGCUAUGGCGAGACAGCGACAAGACUUGGAGAAGCGAGAUGGAGUUGCCCUACAAGCUAAGUCGCGACCUGCCUCACGUGCCGCUUCUCACAGGAGCACUGACGUGACUUCACCUCGAGCUGGAGGAGGUUCACCUGGUUCCAGAAGAUCCAACCCCGGACGUGGAGAACAAGAUCGGCCUGACGAUCCAAGGACUGAUGGGUAUGAGCCAGUGCCCACCGUUGAAGGUGGCAAUCCGGACGGUGCAGCAAGUGAGCAUGCACCUAGCAACAAUGGCGAUUGGACAGAUGAGCAAUGGCGUGAGUGGCGACAAUGGCGAUACCGCCAUGAUGCCGACUGGAGCGAGGAUGACUGGUGGCAUGAGGAUGAGAUUGAGUGGGAUCAGUUUGAUCUGAGCGCUGAGCACAUUUUGCCUCAGGAGAUUUUGGGUUGGAUUCUUUUGAGGCGUAGUGGUUUGCCUGCCAAUGCAAGGCUCUCAGUGCUGAGCGCCACCAACAAUCGACUUGACCUGGAUUCGAUGGAACGUGCCAUGAGAGAUCAGGAAGAAGAACUUUUGGCAGCUGAAUCCAAUCGACUGAGGUUGGACCACCAUCGUGCAAGACGCACUUUCUGGGUUGAGCAGGAUUCGCAAUGGGGGAUCAUGCAAGAUCCUGACAAUGAGGAGAUCGAUGAAUCAGCUAUCAUGUGGAUUGGCGAUACCUUGCCUCCCGAAGUUUACUCGGCAGCUGCAAGUGAGCCUACAGAGCAGACAGCAUGGUCGACAUGGCUUCCGGAUGGUCAGGAGCUUGCUUGGGAGUGGCAUGAUGAUGACUUCUACGCGCAAGACGCUGCUGGCAUUUUCUGGUCUUGGUCUGAGACAAAGACAUGGUUGGACUUGCAAGAUGCUGGAGCGACUGACCAACCGCUUCAGGAAGCUUUUGCCAAUUUUAGUGAUCGUUUUAGAACCUUCAAAGAAAGUAGAGCUCUGAAUGCAGCCAAACAUGUUUCCAGAGGGUUUUACCCACUUGCACCACUGAAGGGGAAGUAUAAUAAGGGUAAAUCAAAGGGUAAAGGUAAGAGCAAGUUUGGCAACAAGACCGGCAGUUCAGCACCUGCGACAACUGCCCCUGCAGCUCUCUUCAACUCUGGCAGCUCUGGAAGCACGGGCAAGGGCACUCAACGACCUGGAAAUCCAGAAUAUCGUGGUUGUUUCAUUUGUGGCUCCCAAGAUCAUGACUUCAGGCGUUGCCCCAAACGCCAAAGUGGUUCAGCUUCGAUGGUUUCCUCUACUACGCCCAACAUUUACUAUGCUGGUGAGGUUUUCAUGGUUUCUGGAUGUGGUUUUUCACCUGAGCAACCCCAUGAGAGCGAUGUGAUUUUAGGUGUUUCGCCAGAUGCCCUGGCGGCCAUGUCCAUGGAGUUUCCAGGACAUGCGGUGCUGGACUCAGGUGCAACAGAGUCAAUAGCAUCUUUGGAAGCUCUGGAGGAAAUCAUGGUGAUUAGAAGCAGGACCCACGGCCAAGAGCAAGUGGUUGUUCACCAACGUGAGAAGCGUUUUCGCUUUGGCAAUGGCACCUACCAGAAUGCAGUUUCCUUCGUUGAGGUGCCACAGGUGAUCAAUGGCCACCGGGUUCCUUUGGGGGUUCAUGCACUAGAUGCACCUGGAAUUCCUUUGCUGAUUUCAGUGAAAACUUUGACAGCUCUCAAGGCCAUUUUGGACUUUGAGCAUGCACGUAUUUGUUUCAAAGAUGCUGCGCCAGAUGUUUGGAUUCCUUUGAAGAGGGCACCCAAUGGACAUUUGCUUUUGGACUUGACACAGGAUUGGGUCCCUAUGUCCCCUGGCGUAGGCAACUGCAUGAUCGCAGCACCAGAUGCGUCGAAAUCCGAUGCGCAGUACAAGUGUGCGGCAGCUGCAGCAGUUGAUCAUGUUGGAACAAUUUCAGGUCAAGAAGGUGUGUUUCAAGGUCAUCACAUUUCUACUUCAUCAGCAAUUUCAUCAGUGGCAGCCGUUCAACAUGUUCCACAUGGCAUGCAUGAGAAGUUUGACAAUGCAAAGAUGAUUGAUGAGAUGGCGAUGCCAUGCUCCCUAAGAAUGCAAUCAACUGGAGAACAUGAACAUGUUGGCGAUGUUGUCGAAUCCGCCGGAAACUCAGGCUCAAACAUGCGGCUAACCUUGCCCCUUUUGGUUGCCGCGGCAGCUCUCACGACAACAUCCUCUUCAAGUUCCCCGCUGAUCCAUGGCGCAGACCUCGACAGCGGAUGUGGCAUCGGCUCCAAAGGCGACUUCACCGCCACCUGCACCAAAGGCGAAGACAAAGACCUCAACGAGGAAGACAAGGGUGGCCACACCAGAGAAGUACGACCUGAGCCGCCGAACCGGCCCGGACGGGCGAGACUCAAGGGCCCAGGGGUUUCCAUGCUUUGGCAACCAUACGGAAAUGCCCGAGGGCCGAGGCUCUCUGAGCGGGCGCAACGCCCAUGGCAAGUGGACAGUUUGUUCAACUUGCCGACUACGCCUGGAAUAUGUGCCAGCAUACGGCGCAACCGGAAUCCACAGACAGGCAGGACCACUGCCGCCCGAUGUCGAGACAGUCAUGAAUGUGGUGAAGGACGAUGUGAAGGACAAGCCCCAAGUCCGAGAAGCUCUGAACUCCAAGGCGGUCAGCAUUCAAGGAGCCGAGGCUUCGAUGCGCAGCAGGCUGGAGAAGUUGGAGAACGACCGCAAGAAGGUCUUGACCAAGGCGGUGAACCGCCCCGAACCCAAGACGGCACCGACACCUCCUACGGUCGAUUUGACCGAAGAUCAGCUGAUGAGAACUGCACCUGGCAAGAAGGCAGCCAAGCGCGAGAACGAGAAGGAGGCGGAGGUGGCAGAGGCAAACGAGUGGUCAAUGGUGUCCGAAGCUUCGCAUUCACCACCCAAGCAAUGACUGAUGAGCGCAACUAUGAGAUUGCCGAUGAGACCGCUCCUGAAGAGAUCUUCUACCAGGCUUCAGCGACCUUAGAAGAAUCCAAACGAGCCUCUUUUGAAGCUCAUGGGCAUGAAGUCAUCCAGGAGAUCAACGGCAUCUAUGAUGAGCUCUUCAGCACCAACUCCAACCUGGACUUGAUGGAGGUAUGCUGCCCACCAGACAGCCGUCUGACCCAGACCUUCUUGGAUCAUGGAAGAUCAGCCAUGCGCAUUGGACUUCCUGCGUUUGAUCUUUCCACCAGCAGGGGCAGCGAGGAGCUCAACGGCAUGAUCAAGAAGCAUCGGCCACGGCUGCUUUGGAUUUCGUUGCCAUGUGGCCCAUACUCACCCAUCCAGACCCUCUUCAACGAGGACAGCCCAGAGAAGUUGGCCAAGAGCUUGGACAGAAAACGCAAGUCCCGAAAGCUCAUCCGAAACGGAAUUCGAGCCGCUUGCCUCCAAUUGGACUUGGGAGGUGAAGUUGGCUGGGAAUGGCCUUCAAACAAUGGCGGAUGGCACAUCCAUGACAUGCGCAGCUUUUUGGAUUUCAUGCAGAGCAAGUAUGGACUUUACUUUGCUCGGAUCAAUGGCUGCGCCUAUGGGCUCCACAAUAGCAAGGGCAACUUCCUCAAGAAACCUUGGAAGGUGGCACUGUCGAACCAGACUUUGGCGGCAGGCCUUCAACGUCUUUGCCCUGGAGAUCAUCGACAUGAUGAAUGUCUGGGUGGAAGCGAUGCUCGGGAUUCUGGAUUUUAUCCCAAGAGCAUGUGCGAGCGCAUCUACCAGCUGGUGAUGUCUUUGAUUCAGCAGACAUCGCAAGAUGCCUUCCCCAAGAUCUACCCAGCUUUUGAUGAUGACAUCAUGGACGAGCCCGAGAAGCCUUCACCAAACCUGCAACCUCUGACAGAGGCCGAAAUCAAAGAAGCAUCCAAGGUGCUUCACAAACUUCAUCGCCGAACAGGCCAUCCUUCCAAUCAAGCUUUGUCAUCUGUGCUGAGGCACAGAGGAGCGCACCCUGACGUGAUCCAGAUGGCCCUCAAGCAUCAGUGCCCUGAAUGUCAAGAGUUGCGACUUGCGGCAUCAAACCCUUCAGGAGCUCUACAGCGAUCUGAAACCUUGUGGGAGACGCUGGUUAUCGACAAUGCAGAAUUUCCAAUAGAUGAUCAAGUUCUUCACUGCAUCAUCAUGGUGGAUGAGGCCUCACGCCUUGUUUGUCCCCAUUUCCUCUUCCAGCACCACAAGGACCAGAGCCGCAACUGCACUGGCACUGAAGCUGUGAUGGGCAUCCAAGAUUCAUGGAUUCGACACUAUGGCGCACCUGCAGCCAUACGUCUUGACCCUGAAGGUGCAUUCAAAUCGAAUGAGCUGAUGGAAUGGGCACAAGAACGUGGCAUUGAAGUUCUUCCGUGUGCCGCAGAAGCCCAUCAUCAGAUCAGCUUGGCAGAACGCAUGAUCCAGACCAUCAAGCAGACGGUCAAGCAGCUUCUUCAAUCUGGACAACACGACCCUUGGGAAGCAAUCGUGCAAGCUUGCCAAGCCCACAAUGAGUUUGAGCGUGUGAGCGGCUAUAGUCCUUUUCAAUGGGCCUUCGGACGGCAACCUUCACUGACUGGCCGUUUCCAUGACAAAGCCUAUGAUGACCCCUUUUGGACUUCCUCAGCUGUUUCCGGCACUCAGAUGGCCGCCAACUUGAAGCUCAGACAUCAAGCUCACACAGCCUUUUUGAAACAACAAUCCUUUGAGCAGAUCACCAGAGCAUCAAAUGCGAAGACUAGGAGACUCCAAGUCUUCCUUCCAGGCGACCUGGUGUUUUUCAAGCGGGUCAAGCCGCCAGCACAGCCCAUGGCAGCAGUGAGAAUGCCUCACAAAUUGUGGAGGUGGUAUGGCCCUGGCCGUGUUUUGGCCACAGAAACUCGAACAGAUGCACUUGGGCAAGAACGCAAGCCAUCCCACAUUGUGUGGAUUGUCACUCAUGGCCGCUUGAAGAGGUGCUCUCCUGAACAACUUCGACACGCAUCUGAGCGUGAGAAACUCCUUGCAGAGGGUGCCGACAAUCCUUCAACUUCUUGGACUUUUCAUAGCCUCUCCUCCACCCUCUACAAGGGCGAAUAUGAAAUCCUGGAUGACAUGGUCUUCCCUGAAGACGAAGUGAUGCAAGGCCCUCCAAGAGAGCGCCGCCGGGGUCGAUCGGCCACACCAAGCCGACAGCCUAGGACUCCUGGCAGACCAGCGGCAACGAGAGCUCCUUCUACACCAGCACAAGCACUGCGGCAACCUUCUUUGCCACCAGUGCCAUCGACACCAAAGGCCUCUGCAGACCCACUGAAGGAUGAACGGACUUUGGAAGAGUUGGCUCGAGAUCAAGGCGCUACUUCCAGCACUUCAAGAAGGCCUUUGUCGAGCUCUACGGCACCUUCACGUGGUCCUGCGAAAAGCCAGCGGGUGGAUCUGACCAAGUUUCUGAAGGACCCAGGAUACGAUCCGGAGCCUAUGCCGCAACCACCAUUGCGACAGAUGUCAGAACUUUUCCAACAACCUCUUUUCAAGAAAGCACGCCUUGAGCAUGCACCCGAUGAUAGCCUGAUGGUGGAGAACACCAACGACACCUUCAUGUGCUGCAUGGAUUUGCCUUUGCCUCAGAAGAAUAUGGAAUGGAAGCGUUUGAAGCGCUCCCCAGAGAACUUUUAUGCGAAGAAGCUCAAGGGCGUGGAGGUGAAAUGGCAUACCCUCUCCUCUGAGGACAAGAUCGCCUUUGACAAGGCGAAGAUGACUGAAGUCAAUGCCUGGCUGGCAGCUCGGGCAGUUCGCCGAGCGAGCGCGGACUUCCCUCGUGAGAGGUUGGUCCGAAUGCGCUGGGUGCUGACUAGAAAGGGCGAUGGCACGCCGAAGGGCAGGAUCGUGCUCAUUGGUUAUGAAGACCCCGAUCUUUCCAGCAUCCAAUCUGCAGCACCAACUAUGAGCCGACGGACGCGGCAAUUGGGGUUGCAGUAUGCCAGCAUUCGCCGAUGGCGUUGUCUCAAAGCGGACGUCAAAGCUGCUUUCCUCCAAGGAGGCAGUGUUGAAGAGCCAAGAGACCUCUUUGCACUUCCAGUGCCGGAACUAGCUUUGGCGCUGGGCUUGAAAGAAGGAGAAGCAGUUCAAAUCCUCAAGGCAUGUUAUGGACUUGUCCAUGCUCCUGCACGUUGGUUCGAAUGCGUGCGUGAUGCAUUGCUCGAGCUGGGCUUUGUGCAGAGCAAAACAGACCCCUGCUUGUGGAUUUUCUACACCAUGGACUCCAACGGUGUCAAGCAGACGUCUGGCUUUAUAUGUUCUCACGUGGAUGAUUUUCUGAUCGCAGGCGAUGAGAGCUGCGAUGAUUGGAUUCAGGCCUUGAACAGCUUCUAUGAAAGGUUUUCUUGGUCCCCUUGGGAAUGCAAUAGCUUCAUGCACUGUGGUGUGAGGAUUAGAGAAGAACCUGACUUCUCAUUCACCCUGGACCACUCUUCCUUCUGCGAAAGCAUUGAAGCGGUGACCUACACCACCAAGAAGGAGCACGACAAGCUGACUGCGGACGAGGUGACGCAGCUGCGUGGAGUGUUGGGAGCAUUGCAGUGGCGUGGACAGCAGACCGCGCCCCACCUGAUGGCCAAGAUUGGGCAGUUGCAAAGCUCAAUCACCAAGGCCAAUCUGGAGACAGUCAAGGCAGCCAACAAACUGGUGAGAGAGUGCUUUCAAACCAGAUUCCUCUCUACCAAAAUCAACCAGUUGAACUUGGAGGACCCCAAAGAGGUGCAGUUCGUGGCAUGGUCCGACGCAGCCUUGGCGAACAGAAUCGACUUGAGCAGCACUGGCGGCUACGUCAUUGCGGCGACCACCCCUGAGAUGACCUUAGGAAAGCGGUCACCGUUGACUUUGGUAGGCUGGCGUUCAUGUCGUUUGCCGAGAAAAGCUCGGUCAUCUUUAGCAGCAGAAGCACAAGCCAUGUCAGAAGCUGAUCAAGAACUUGUUUUUGUCAGACUGGCUUGGGCAGAAUUUUGCGCGAUAGAUGUAGACCUAGCCAAGAGCGAAAGUGCCAUUUCACGAGUUCCCGGCACAGUAGUGACAGAUGCCAAGGCUCUCUACGACAUUUUGUCCAAGAGAGAUUUGAAUUCGGCCGGAGUUGGGUUACGUGACAAAUACACAGCUCUGGAAAUUUUGUGUUUGCUGGAGUCGAUUGGAAAGCAGAAGACUUCAGUACGAUGGGUCCAUAGCGAUGCACAGCUAGCGGACCAUCUAACCAAACCCCUGCCAAUUGGAACUCUUCACAAAGUGAUGAAUGAAGGUUUUUGGACAUUGGUGUAUGACCCAGAUUUCACCAGUGCCAAACGUUUGAAGAAAGCGGCCAAGAGUGAGAACUUCAAUCAAGAUCUUAGGGGCAUGUCAGGCUCCCUUUUGCCAUAUCGCACCAUCGUACCGAUGGCCCUCGCUACGGCGAGAGGCUGCAUGCAGCCGCGCCGUGCCCUGACGCCACAUGCCGAUGCGCCCUCCGGCCCGUCCGCGCAAGCCUCGCAAGGGCGAGCUGUGCCUCAAAGAGGGGCCAGCCGGCCAGCCAGCGGCUGCGCGCGUUCGAAUGGACGAGCGGAUCGCCCAAAGAAGCAGCUGGGGACGAGGCCACCAGCCAGUCCACAAGUUGGCAGCCCUUUGCGGCAAGCAUUCUUCAAGGGCAAGCGGAACAUCGUCGAGGAAGCCACACCUAUUGCGAAGAGGCGCCGCCAUGCUGUGGAGACCCUCCAGCAUUGCUUUGGCGCAGAUUUGGUGCUGCCCCCUGAGACACCGCUAGAGGAGCUGGAACGCCUGGUGGAAGACACGCAGAUGGAGCAGGGUCAGCUCGUUUUUGAGUAUUUGCUCAGCAAAUGUCGAUGCACCAUGACAAUCGGGAUCCGUCCCGUGGACAUGCCAAAACGACCUGUCGACGGGCCCGGUCCAGGGUCCAAGGCAGUUGGUGUUGCGGGUUGCAGGAUGGCAGCGAGCACAUCCAUUGACGAGCGAAGCUGA